CACAUACAUACAUCGUUCUGUCUGUACUUUGUAGGCUGGAUUAGGUUUUUGGGUACCUAUUUAUGUAGAGUGCAAUUAAUGGAGGUUUAAAGUUAUAUUAAGUAGCUCUUUUUAAAUUAGAAAACCAUGUCUGAUGAAGGUGGUCCUAACGUAAAAAGUCUUCGUGGUUUUCGUUAUCAAAAGAAACCGCUACUUACACAAGAUGGUCUCAAUUCUUCUCCGUCAUCCGGAUCCCCCGUAAGAAGUCGAAUUGUACCAGUUUCGUCGGAUUCAGAUACGGAACCUGAAACCAAAACAACAGACCCUGCGAAUACGGCAGAACCCGAAACCAAAACAACAGACCCUGCAAAUACGACAGAACCCCCACAAAAUAACGCAAUUUCUGAAGUGGAAAAAUCAGCUGAUUCAAGUUUGGCCCAAAAAAGCGAUACAGAAUCUAAUCGAACACAACAGCCAGUGCCAAAGCCAGCCACUCCUGUCCAAGUUGCUAAUAACAGCACUGUUACUAUGAAAUUCAAUGGUUACUAUACACCAAGAACUACAAAGAAUCCUUCAAUUCUAGAGAAGGAAAAGCAAAUGAAGUUUCUUUUAGAAAUAUUUCCCAAUUUAGAUGCUAUGAAAAUUCAUAACUGUCUUUCAAAACACAGUUUCAAUACUGAUGCAGCUGCUGCAGAAUUAUCAAAGUUUUACAAUAAACCUGUUGAACAUGGUUACACAGAGUGGAGACAGGAUUAUGACAAGAAGAAUGAUGAAGCCAAGAAAUUUGAAUUGGCCAAUUCUGAUUUGUUUAUUAAAGCUGCUCAAAACACACAGCAAACUCAAGGUGUAAAAAGGGAACAAGAGGACCAGUUAAAGAAGAAGAAAGUUAAGAGAAAGAAAACUUAUGAUAGUGAUGAUAGUACUGGAAAUCCAGAAUAUAAGGAUGAAAAAGUGUUUGACAGUGAUGAAGAUUCAGAUGUCGAAAUUAGUAAAGAACUGACUGGUGACAGGAAAAAAGUGUUUGACUUUUUCCAGUGCGCUACUAUCAAUGAAUUGCAAUUAAUAAACACUUGUUCGAAAAAGAAAGCAGAAGCUAUUAUAGAUUUACGACCGUUUGCUGACUGGAAAGAUCUGGUAACGAAAAUAGAGAACAGCAAGAACUUGGGCGGUGAUUUACUCAAUAACGGUCAAGAAGUGAUUACCACUCGAAAUAACAUUAAGAAUUUAAUGAAGAAAUGUACAAAUCUGGCACAGCAAUUAGAGAGAGCUGUGGCUGCAGGGGCUGGCGUUAAGGAGCAGCCUAGUAUAUUAUCCUCGUCUCUAAAACUGACAAGUUAUCAAAUGGUAGGCUUGAAUUGGUUAGCGGUGUUGUAUUCUCAGGGCGUCAACGGCAUUUUGGCUGACGAAAUGGGACUGGGAAAAACGGUACAAAUUAUAGCGUUCCUCGCCCACUUGAAGGAGACUGGAGCCGCGUCCAGUACCCACCUGGUUAUAGUGCCUUCGUCAACACUAGAUAAUUGGAAAAACGAAUUUGCAAGAUGGUGUCCAGAAUUGCGAGUAUUUAUGUAUUACGGAAGCCAAGAUGAACGACGGCAGUUCAGAAUUGACUUAUCUAAAGGGAUGCUAGCGGAGUUUGAUGUCAUACUCACGACGUAUACAAUGGUUGGAAAUAGUUCAGAAGAGAGAAAAAUGUUCCGAGUGACAAGGAUGCAUUAUGUAAUCUUCGAUGAAGCACAUAUGUUGAAAAAUAUGAAUACUCUUCGUUAUGAAAAUUUAAUAAAAAUAAACGCUAAACAUAGGAUACUGUUAACCGGAACUCCGUUACAAAAUAAUUUAUUAGAACUAAUGUCGUUGUUGAUAUUUGUGAUGCCGAAUAUAUUCGCUGAAAAAACGGUGGAUUUGAAGAACUUAUUCCAAAAAAAUUCUAAAAAACAAGAAGACGACUCUCUACCUACCUUUGAAAAGGAGCAAAUCGAACAAGCCAAAAGAAUUAUGAAACCGUUCCUUUUGCGAAGACUGAAAUGUGACGUCCUUCGGGAUCUUCCCAAGAAAACCGACCACGUUAUCCACGUACCUAUGGUUCCAUCGCAAAAAGAGAAUUACGAACAAUUGGUGGCUUCCUACAAAAACGUUAACGGGAACGGAGAAAAUUCUUAUACCGGCAUGAGUAUUAUGACAGAUCUGAGGAAAUUGAGCAAUCAUCCGCUACUGAUGAGGUUCCAUUACGACCAAGGAAAGUUGGAGGAAAUUGCCAAUCUGCUAGCUUUAGAUCCAGGUUACAAAGAUACCGUAGUACAAUAUAUUGUGGAGGAUUUGAUGUUUAUGUCUGAUUUUGAAAUACACACCUUAGCCAAGGAAUUUGAGUGUUUAACACCAUUUCUACUGCCAGAUCAUUUAAUGUUAACCUCGGGUAAGUUCCUACAGCUCGACAAAAUGUUGGUGGAACUGAAAGAAAACAAUCAUAGAGUAUUAAUAUUCAGCCAGUACGUUAUAAUGUUGAACAUAGUGGAGGAAUAUUUAAGGAUUAGGAAUUAUAAGUAUAUGCGACUAGAUGGAAGUACAGCUGUCAGUAUUAGGCAGGACCUUAUAAACGAAUUUACCGACGACCCCAGCUACUUCAUUUUCCUCUUAUCAACUCGAGCUGGAGGUCUAGGAAUCAAUCUGACCUCCGCGGAUACGGUGAUCAUACACGAUAUCGACUUCAAUCCGUAUAAUGACAAACAAGCAGAAGACAGAUGUCACCGAAUGGGCCAAAGCAGACCGGUUACAGUGUACAGAUUAAUUUCGCAAGGUACGAUCGAAGAGGGCAUGCUGGAAAUGAAUAAAGAAAAAUUAAAGUUAGAAAGGGACAUUACGGCUGAUGAAUCCGAUAAUCCAGACGUCAAAAGUGUCGUGAGGCUGCUAUCAUCUGCGUUAGGCAUCGACUCGUCUAAAGCUUCAACCUUAGCUACAGCUACAGUUACACCAAAAAAGAAAUCCUGAACGUUACAUGUUUAAAACCUUUUUGUACACUUUUUACGUAAAUAUUACCUCGUUGGUAGGAUUAAUAACGUUUGUUACUUGUCUAUUAGACUCAUGGGAUAUAGUUCAUUUCACGAAAACCUGCACAGUGGUUGAUCCAUUUUCUGUUUGUUUAGUUCGUCUAUAUAUUUUAAAUAAAAGUAUUUUUUCAAUAUCA